AUGACGCUCGACACCAAGAUUGAAUCAACGGCAGUCCGCAUGGAGAGUGACUCGAUUGCAUCGUCGCAUGGCCAUGGGAAUGGAACUGUGGAUAACGGAUCGGUAGCGGAUGGUGCACCAUGGUCAUCAAAGCUUCCAAGCAAUGAGAAGAGGGGUCUCAAGGAUGGGUUACUGCAUUACUUUCCAAAAUACAAGUUGAAACGAUCGGGCACAGUACACAUUGAUGAACGACCACCAUUCCUCCAAUCAAUUGCAUAUGGUCUUCAACAUGCCUUGGCAAUGUUUAGUGCUACCGUUUUUAUACUAAGUGAUGGUGAUGUUGGUAGUAGCAAACAACAGGCUCCUCAUGCGAUAUUAUUAGCCGCAUUGUUCUUCUCUGGAAUUGCUACCGUCAUCUUUUUUAUUGUCACGGGAGGUCGUGUGCCAUCCUACCUUGGAAGUUCGGCUGCUGUGCUUGGGGCUUUCCAGUCAAUAACAGGCUUUGAUCCUGCAACAUCAACAACCGGCCUCAAUGAAAACAUUUCAAAAGCUCAGGGUGCUCUCAUUGUUCUCGCGCUUAUCUAUAUUGGAAUAUCCAUUCUGGUGAUUCUAUUUGGCUAUCGGUGGGUCGAGUUUUUCAUGCCUCCCAUUGUUACGGGAUCUGUGGUGGCAAGUAUUGGUGUCCAUUUAGUCUUUUCAGCAUUGAACCAGGCAACAGCUACCACCUUUGACUUUUAUAUGGCCAUCGUCACUGUCAUGUCGAUCAUGUUGAUAUCGGUAUAUGCACCAUUACCAUCCAUUCGUCGCAUAUCGAUCCUACUAGGACUCAUUAUCGGCUAUGUGGUUCAUAUCAUAUGCGGUGUCGCUGGUGUAGGAUACCCUGUGGACUUCACAGAAGUUGAAUCGAUUGCUUGGGUGCGUGGACCAAGGAUAUCAACGCCAAUCAUAUUUGAUAAGCAAGCCAUCAGCACUAUAACCCCAUUGAUCAUGGUCCUUAUUGCCGAGAAUAUUGGUCACAUCAAGGCUAUUUCAUCAUUGACAAAUCAACCCAUGGAAAAGUACCUUGGUCGAGCGUAUCUUGGAGACGCCUUAUCAACGCUAAUGGCCGGUUGUGUUGGAUCAGCACCCUUGACCACCUAUGCAGAAAAUAUCGGUGUUUUGUCAGUGACGCAAAUAUUCUCGCCUCUGGUGAUUCUUGUGGCAGCUGGAGUGGCUAUUAUUUUGGGAUGCAUCGCUAAAUUUGGUGCUGUGGUGCGUAGCAUACCCAACGGCGUCUUUGGUGGGAUCGCUUUUGUCCUUUAUUCGCUCAUUGCUAUCACUGGGAUUCGGAUAUGGGUCAUGAAUCGGAUCGACUUUACAGACCCGCGCAAUAUCUAUGUGGGCGGCAUUCCACUAUGUCUCGCAGCAGCCAUGACAACGACAUCGCUCAAGAUAAACGACUUCAACCUUGAUGCUACAGGAGCAUCGUGUUUUGCCGGCAUUAUCCUGUAUCAGCUGCUACGAGGUGUGGAUGGGUUCAAGCUAUACUACCAAUCCAUCAAGGAACAAUGGCAAAGACGACAUGGUCCCAUAUAG